ACUUCGCUCCGCACUUGCCGUCGUCGCCACUCACGCCAGUCUGUUGGAGGCUCUGCAGUGCAGCGGUGGCCUAUCGAAGUACGCUCUCUAAUCAACUCAACCGAUUUCACUUUGAUACAUCGACACGCUUGUGGGAUUAUUCCAAUCGUUCUCCAUCCAGUGCUCCAACGUUAUUAGUGAAUGUGAAUCUCGGAAGCGUUUUGUGACUUUCAAAGCCUUCUUAAUUCGACCCGCGCUUAUAGACGCCGGUCUUUUCCGACAACAGAUUUGGACACAUAAAACUAUACUCAUACAACAAAACUGGCAUUUUUAUAGCGGACCAGAUAAAGAUGACAAUGAUGAAGAAAACAAAACAUUGUUCCAGUGGAUGGUGGGUAGUGUUACUAACAGCCACAUUAGCAGUGGGAGCUAUAGCCGAUGCUGGUGUGGGACUCUUUAACGCAAGACUUAAACAGAUCGUCACCUCCAGUACACUCAAAUGGGCGAACUUGAGGAAAGAAGCCAUGGAAAACUAUGUCGUCGGGGCAGAAUCACAACAAGGUCCCAUUUACUUGUGCAGAACUCGGCAUGAAGGUGAUAUGCUUUUGGGUCAACUAAGACCUGACUACACAUCCUGUGCUGUAUCGGGAAGUAAAAGCUAUGAUAUAUUCGAAGUACUGGAAAAUAUUGAAAACGCUUCUCUUAUAAUAUGGAGUUCCUGGUAUAAAUUUAACUCAAAACCAAGCGGUGGCGUUGUUGUCGAAUCGUCCGUUGAUUCCGUUUUCAUAGGCCGAAUAAAAGCAGAUAUGGGCUUUUCACAUAAUAUUGGAAGAAUCAUCUAUGAAAGCACAGUUGGUCAUUUAAUUACAUUCGAUGAACAAAACACUGAGUUAGAAGAAAACAGCGGAGAGAUUUUAUUAGAAAUUGAGCCUGUUAAGUACAAACUGGAAAAUGUUGAAUUAGAUUUAGCAACUCAGCACGAAAGACAAAUGGAUCCUCAAAUAUAUGAAGAACGCAUUUUAAGGAACGAUGACGAUGUUGCCGCCACUGUAACAACCGAAAUAGAAUAUAAGUACAAUUACACUUUAUCUUGGAGUCACGGUCAUGGCAUCGCUAUUGGUCUGAAUACUACUAUUGAAAUGAGCGAUGGAACAGUAUUUCCCCAAAUAGAAUGGGCCAAUCCAUUCAGUGAGGAAAGAAAAGAACUUUAUAAGCUAGAAAAAUAUCUGGAACCGGGAACCGCAUGCAAUGUCACCUUGAGAGGCAACAACACUGACAGAGACGUGCAAUACACCGCAAAAUUAAUAACGUACUAUAAAGACAAUAACUCGCGAUCAAGACAAAUGCGAGGGGAGAGGAUCGAAAAUACAGUAGAAGUUGAAGCUAUAUAUGGCGAAAUCUAUUACACUGUCAACAAUACGGUUGUGCCAACUACUACCACCACUACUACAACCACUACUACAACUACAACAACGACUCCAGCGCCCACUCAAGCACCGUCAUCUUUGGAAAAGGAGGACGUUGGUAUGAUAAUGGAUAGCAAUGAUAUAUUGGUAGACAACAGUGAGGGUAUGGUAAAAGCCCCUCCCAUGAAAGAAGACAUAAAUCGUUCUGUAGUCGGAGGUCUUGGUAGCAAGCCGGAAAAUGGUGCCAAUACCAGGAUUAUUUGCUUCACAUUGUUUGUGCCGAUAAUUGCCCUUCUUCUAUAAAUUUAUCCAUUAUAGCUUACCUUGUAAAUAAAAAAGAAUAUAUCAUUGACUUCAUAGUUGCUUGACGUUAUUAAAGGUAUUAUGGCGACUUUGCUUACCGCAAUUGUUUAUUAUCCGAGACUAAGAUAAACUUUCUCGGCGUAUUUUGUAAAUAUAGAAAAGAUUUUGUUUUUACAAGACAUUCCUGUUAAAUAUUUUCAUUCCAAAUGUAUAAAUGAUGGACCCCAAAACAUCCAAUUGUAUAUAGAUUUUGUAAAUAGUUAAGAAAAUUAAAGUCGCCGAGCGACAACAAAAGAUCUUUUCCUUAAGAAAGACGAUUUGGUUAUAUUUAUUUUCUGGAAUAUAAGUAGAUAAGAGCACUUUUACCACUUAUAAAACAUUACUGUGCUUUUAAUCGCGAAAAAAUUAGAACUUCACAAUUUCAAAUCUUGUGUUAUCGUUUAAUCUGUUAUUAAGCUUGCUUGUACAUACUACGACGGUAAAUUAUUAAAAUAGUGUUCUAUACCUCUAUUAAAGUAUCCAAAAUUUUGGAGCCAACUUUCGAUAUCCUCAUUCAUAAAAUUAUAUAUAGAAUAUUCUAUAAAUCAUUAAAACGAUCAUCCGAAAAAAAUAUAUCGAUGGAUCAAAUAUACAAAAAACUAUGAGAUUUUCAACAAUUCUCUAAUAAAUACUUACAUCCUUUAAUUUUGUGAUCCAGUACUUCAUAAAAUUAACUAUGUAAAAUAACAUCAAACUUUACUUUUUAUAUGAUUAAUUACCAAAAUUUUAAUAUUUUAUUAAUGUUGCCAUGUCGCUUUUGGCCAUAGUUGCCAAAAUUUAAACAAUAGCUUGAUUGAGCUACGCUCACCAUUUUUAAACAUUACUUUGAAUUAUAUACUGUGCUGGGCCUUAGAAUGGAUAUUAAUUUAGGAUACCAAAUUCGUAUUUUUUACUAUGUCGUAUUUGUAGCACGUAUAUUUUCAGUACCUAUUUUUCUUAGUUUUGUGUAAUUACUUACUUAUAAUUGUUAUUUUUAGUUGUAAGUGACAAAGUUUUAAAUCCAGAAUUAAAGAUAUUACUAUAAUUAAAGCUUUUUGCGUUAGUUGAUAUAUUAAUUUAUUUGUUUUAGGUUAUUUAUGACAGUUACAAUCGCACUUAAGCUCCAAAAAUGAAAAAGAUUGAAAUAUAACUAUUAACUUUGUUAAUACAAAGUUAAAUUUUCUCUUGAAGUUCACCAAUCGAUCGAAAUAAUCGAUUAUAUAUAUCUUUAGCUUUCUGUUACGUAAGUAUAUCAGUAAAUACACCAAUUAGCAAGGAAAUAGUUUAUAAUAUAAGUGUUAUAAAAUGCUUCGCUGUGUUUUGUGAAUGUGAACAGAAUGAAUAUUUUUGUAUGGACACACGAUGCUAGGCGCACUUUGGUGAUUUUUCUUCGACACUCUUACCAGGCUUUGAGAGCUUUAAUCUCAUAGGGCUUUAGUAAUAAACGUUGUAUAGCUGGUGAUUAGUUAUUCAAUAAUUUCUCCCUCUGAUGACAUACCAAUUAUUUAACGUUCGAAAGACGAGAAAACAUUGCGUAAGUAUGCGAAUGCUUUACAACCUUUAUGUGAAAGGGGGAUAGUGUAUUUAUGAAUACAAUGUUUGGAGAAGUCUUUAUUGAGCGCCUAGCUUUUAACUGUCAAUGUUAGUAAUACUAUUUGUGUAACGCCUCUAUACAUAGGUUAAUAUUAUGUGGUAACUCCAUAAUUGUAUUGUCAUUAAUUCCAUAAUGUCACGUGUCCAUUCAUUAAAUAAUAUUAUUAUUAUACAUCAAAUCAUUGUUAUGUGAUUUAAGCAGAAUCUCAUUAUUAACAUAUUUGUAAAGAUCAAUAUCCCACCUAAGUAGUAUCUUAUCACUUAAGAUUUAGAAUAUAAAAGUAUAAUAUCCUCGAAGUGUAUUAUUCUAAAUAAAGAGUUAUUAAAUGUGUAAAUUUAUAACACCACAGCUUGAACAAAUAUUUAUAAUUGUAAUCUUUCAUGGACCCUUUCAAAAUCCAUCAACAGGAGCCACAUGAUUGCACAUGUUUAAUUCCAAAAUAAAACAUUUAGUCUUACAUAAAUCAUAACAGAAUCAGAAUUCUAUCUAUAUUUUAGUUAGUACAUGUUUUCCUUUAUUCUAUUCCGUGAUUUCUUAAAUUAAUAUAUACAUACGAGUAUAUAUUAUAUAUAUAUAUUCAUCAUCGUAGUAUAUUAUGCUUUAUGCAUUUAGAAGAGAGUGGCUCUAUUUAAAAAUAGAAUUAAUUCAUGAAUCUCGAAAUCAAGAUUGUUUGCGAAGCAUAAUUGUGAUGUUCAAUGUAAGUUUUGUUUUUAAUCAUUAAAGCGUAACUUUAAAAAAA